ACGAGGGGGAGACUCCAAACAGUGAGGCUUGAUCUGGAGAACAGCGUUUACCGGCGGGGCGGCCGGUUUUGUGCAUGAAGCCAUGGCUACAGAUUCCCCCAGAAGACCCAGUCGUUGUACUGGUGGAGUUGUGGUUCGCCCCCAGGCUGUCACGGAGCAGUCGUACAUGGAAAGUGUUGUGACUUUUCUACAGGAUGUUGUGCCACAGGCUUACAGUGGAACACCUCUAACAGAAGAGAAGGAGAAAAUAGUCUGGGUCAGAUUUGAAAAUGCAGAUUUAAAUGAUACAUCAAGGAAUCUGGAAUUUCAUGAAAUACACAGCACUGGGAAUGAGCCGCCUUUGCUGGUGAUGAUCGGCUAUAGUGAUGGAAUGCAGGUCUGGAGCAUCCCUAUCAGUGGGGAAGCACAGGAGCUCUUUUCGGUCCGACAUGGCCCAAUUCGAGCGGCUAGAAUCUUGCCUGCUCCGCAGUUUGGUGCUCAGAAGUGUGACAGCUUUGCAGAAAAGAGGCCCCUCCUUGGUGUUUGUAAGAGCACUGGAUCUUCUGGCACCAGCCCACCCUACUGUUGCGUGGACCUCUAUUCGCUUCGCACCGGGGAGACGGCCAAGUCCAUCCAGUUUAAAACUCCCAUUUACGACCUGCACUGCAGCAAGCGGAUCCUCGUCGUAGUCUUACAGGAGAAAAUCGCUGCCUUUGAUAGCUGUACUUUCACAAAAAAAUUUUUUGUCACAAGCUGCUAUCCCUGUCCAGGGCCCAACAUGAACCCUAUUGCUCUCGGGAACCGCUGGCUCGCGUAUGCAGAAAACAAGUUGAUUCGAUGUCAUCAGUCCCGUGGUGGAGCCUGUGGAGACAACAUUCAGUCUUACACUGCCACGGUCAUUAGUGCUGCUAAAACCCUGAAAACUGGCCUGACAAUGGUUGGGAAAGUGGUGACUCAGCUGACGGGCACGCUGCCUUCGGGGGCCACGGAGGAUGACGUGGCCAUCCAUAGCAACUCGCGGCGGAGCCCUCUGGUCCCCGGCGUCAUCACCGUGAUAGACACGGAGACAGUCGGAGAGGGCCAGGUGCUCGUGAGCGAGGACUCUGACAGCGAUGGUAUCGUGGCCCACUUCCCGGCUCAUGAAAAACCAGUCUGCUGUAUGGCUUUUAAUACAAGUGGAAUGCUUCUCGUCACAACAGACACCCUCGGCCAUGACUUUCAUGUCUUCCAAAUCCUGACCCAUCCUUGGUCCUCCUCGCAGAGCGCGGUCCAUCACCUCUACACUCUCCACCGGGGAGAGACCGAAGCCAAAGUACAAGACAUCUGCUUCAGCCAUGACUGUCGCUGGGUUGUGGUCAGUACGCUCCGGGGGACGUCCCAUGUUUUUCCAAUCAACCCAUAUGGUGGCCAGCCUUGUGUUCGAACACACAUGUCACCACGAGUCGUGAAUCGCAUGAGCCGCUUCCAGAAGAGUGCUGGGCUGGAGGAGAUUGAACAAGAGCUGACGUCUAAGCAGGGAGGUCGCUGCAGCCCUGUUCCAGGUCUCUCCAGCAGCCCUUCGGGAUCGCCUCUGCAUGGAAAACUAAACAGCCAAGACUCCUACAAUAAUUUUGCCAACAACAACCCGGGCAACCCUCGGCUCUCUCCUCUCCCCAGCUUAAUGGUCUUGAUGCCUCUUGCACAAAUCAAACAGCCAAUGACGCUGGGGACCAUCACCAAACGAACAGGCAAAGUUAAACCACCUCCGCAGAUUUCGCCCAGCAAGUCAGUGGGCGGGGAGUUCUGCGUGGCUGCCGUGUUUGGGACGUCCAGGUCGUGGUUUGCCAAUAACGCGGGUCUGAAGAGAGAAAAAGAUCAGUCCAAACAAGUUGUAGUUGAGUCUCUCUACAUUAUUAGCUGCUACGGGACCUUAGUGGAGCACAUGAUGGAGCCACGGCCGCUUAGCACUGCCCCCAAGAUUAGCGAUGACACCCCACUGGAAAUGAUGACAUCACCUCGAGCCAGCUGGACUCUGGUUAGAACUCCUCAAUGGAAUGAGUUGCAGCCACCAUUUAAUGCAAACCACCCUCUGCUCCUCGCCGCAGAUGCUGUACAGUAUUAUCAGUUCCUGCUUGCUGGCCUGGUUCCCCCUGGAAGUCCUGGGCCCAUCACUCGGCACGGGUCCUAUGACAGUUUAGCUUCUGACCACAGUGGACAGGAAGAUGAAGAAUGGCUUUCUCAGGUAGAGAUUGUAACGCACACUGGACCCCACAGGCGUCUGUGGAUGGGCCCACAGUUCCAGUUCAAAACCAUCCAUCCCUCAGGCCAGACCACAGUCAUAUCCUCCAGUUCGUCUGUGUUGCAGUCUCAUGGUCCAAGUGAUACUCCGCAGCCCCUUUUGGAUUUUGAUACGGAUGAUCUUGACCUCAACAGUCUCAGGAUCCAGCCGGUGCGCUCUGACCCAGUCAGCAUGCCAGGGUCAUCCCGUCCCGUCUCUGACCGAAGGGGAAUUUCCACCGUGAUUGAUGCUGCCUCAGGUACCUUCGACCGGAGCGUCACCCUGCUGGAGGUGUGCGGGAGCUGGCCUGAGGGCUUCGGGCUGCGGCACAUGUCCUCCAUGGAGCACACCGAGGAGGGCCUGCGGGAGCGGCUGGCUGACGCCAUGGCCGAGUCGCCCAGCCGGGACGUCGUGGGAUCCGGAACAGACACAGCCCUUGAUGUAGCAGUAGAAACCACCACCCCUGAGAGGCACAUGGCUGUGAAGUGUGUGGAACUACAGCGAGAGGGAAGCAUCGAGACUCUGAGUAACAGCUCGGGUUCCACCAGUGGCAGCAUCCCAAGAAACUUUGAUGGCUACCGAUCUCCACUGCCCACCAACGAGAGUCAGCCCCUCAGCCUCUUCCCUACCGGCUUCUCUUAGGUACCAGCUACCUGCUUCUGACUGGCCGGCCCACUCACGUGCUGGAGGAAGGAAAAGCCCCCCUCCGGCCUCCCCUUCAGUCUCUGCUCCUCUUUCGCAAACCACCUUCCCCCAGCUUAGUGACAACAGCCACCCACCCUCCCUGGAUUGAGAAGAGACCCUUCUCUGAAGCACCUCGGUGCACUCUGACCCGUCAGCAGGGCUGUGGCCGAGAGAGACUGCAGAAGCUCCGUCCCCUCCUCUGUUUGCACAUGAUGUCCUGCAUUGGAUCCGCUUUUGUAUUUUCUAACCAUACCCAUGGGGGGCCUGGGUGGGGAGAGGGUGGAUGGCCUGGGCAGGCAUUUUGACCCUGAUCGGCCAGCCCCAGCCCACUCCUGGCUGUGGCACGCACUGCCCAGCUUCCCUUGGUCAACCUCCCUCUGGAAUGGGGUGAACUGAGGCCCAGAGUAUUAGGGAAGGAGAAAGAAAGGAGAAGCCCCCCUUCCUCUUUUCUUUCCCCUCUGGCUCAUGGGAAGGAUUUGUCUUUCUUGUCUAUAAGCCCUUUUACCCUGGUCCUGGACUGUUCAGUGAAGGAAACCGUGGUUACUGAGGCCCUGUCAAAAAGUGCACGUCUUGUCCAAUAAACCAUGCUGCAAUUGGUGUCCA